UUGUUUUAUUCCCGUCAGGAGUUUGACAAGUGUGCGCCCAGUUCACGGGGUCCACACGUGUUGGUCAUAAGUGACAGAAACCUUUAGAAAGCGGUGGAAUUUUCCAGUAAAUAAUAAAAGAACGGAGUUGUGCUAUCACGGAAAAUGGAAAUUGAAGGAGUAAAGGUUGGUGACAAGGUCAUUGAGGGAAAAACCAAGGUAGUUUAUGAAAUACCUGGCACUCCACAUCAUGUGUUGUUACAAUCCAAGGACCGUAUCACUGCAGGAGAUGGGGAACGUGCACAUGAAAUGAUAGGAAAAGCAGAAAUAUCCACUGCUACUACAUGUGCAAUCUUUGAAUUAUUAAACAGUGCUGGUAUCAAAACCCAUUUCAUUAAGCGUCAGGGGAAGACAACUAUGGUGACACAUCAGUGUGAUAUGAUACCUAUAGAGUGGGUCACUAGAAGAGUAGCCACCGGAUCAUUCUUAAAGAGAAAUCCUGGUGUGAAGGAAGGGUAUAGGUUCUCUCCUCCAAAACAGGAGACUUUCUUUAAAGAUGAUGAGAAUCAUGACCCUCAAUGGUCAUACGAGCAGUGUAUUGAAGCUAAACUGACCGCUGGAACACGUCUCAUUGGUCAGUGUGAGAUAGAUAUUAUGUCAAGGACAACGGUCACUGUGUUUGAAGUCUUAGAGAAAGCUUGGGCCUCCCUGGAUUGUUCCCUGAUUGAUAUGAAAAUAGAGUUUGGAGUCAGCCCUGAAACUGGUGAGAUAUUGUUGGCCGACGUCAUUGACAGUGAUUCAUGGCGUCUGUGGCCCGCUGGAGAUCGCCGUCUGAUGAAAGAUAAACAAGUUUAUAGAGAGUUAAAGGUGGUCACUGCUGAAGCUUUGGAUACAGUUAAACGUAACUUUGAAUGGGUUGCUGACAGGGUGUCUCAACUAUCACCAAAGCCCCAUGCCCGAGCAGUUGUGUUCAUGGGUUCACCGACAGACAUGGCUCACUGUGAGAAGAUCCGAUCUGCAUGUAAGACAUUCGGUGUACCCUGUGAACUUAGAGUGUCGUCUGCACACAAAGCAAGUCAAGAAACUCUCAACAUUUUGGCACAAUAUGAAGGUGAGGGUAUACCAACAGUGUUUAUUGCUGUAGCUGGAAGAAGUAACGGACUUGGUCCAGUACUGUCUGGUAACGCUACAUGGCCAGUCAUUAACUGUCCCCCGAUCACGGCUGACUGGGGAGCAGAGGAUAUCUGGUCAUCUCUUAGAUUGCCUUCAGGUUUGGGUUGUACAACAGUUACUUCCCCUGAUGCAGCUGCUCUGGCAGCGGCACAGAUUCUCGGUCUUCACGAUCAUGUGAUAUGGUCGAAGCUACGCUCCAAACAGCUCAAUACCUGGAUAGGCUUAAAGGAGGCGGACAAGAAGACAAGGGAUGAUAAAUGAUGGAACGUCCUUUUGUCUUCUAUGACCUCAAAAUUUAAAAAUCCUCGGGAAAAAAAACAAAUAUCUACUUUUUCCAAGCAUAAAUAUAAAUGGUUUUUUGUGGUCUUGUUUUUUUGUGUGUUUUUUUUGGACUCAAUAAAGAUGUUUUCACUUUGAUACAAAUGAUAAGGUGAUAUUCAUGAUUUCCUUUGUAAAUUUGCAAAAUUUAGAUUGUUUUUUAUGGAGCAGAAUUUGGGUUUUUAUUAAUUUGACUACUUGUUGUUUUCAUUUGCUUAAGGUUAAAUCAUGUUCCUACAAAUUUGAUCCAUCUGUGAGUAAAUCAAAGUUCUUUACCUAAAUAUUUAUUUAUUCUUUUUAUCUAUGUUUAUAGUAAUUUGUAAUAUUCUAAAGCCCUGAGGCCAUUUUUAGCCUGUCAUAUGUUCAAAAUUGUCUUGGCAAUAAGCUUCAAACCCCAUU